AUGGCGGUGCUGCUGGCGCUCGCCUGCGCCGGGUGCGUCGUGCGGCAGUGCCUCCGGCCGGACCCCAAGGGCGCCGCGGGCCGGGCAGCACAGGCCGCCGUGGAGCAGAGGGGUCCUCAGGGGCAGCCGGUCACGCAGCCGGCCGGGGCGGAGAUGGCGCCCAUCGGCCGCAAGAGGGCGUCCGUCGACUCAGCGCUGGCGGUUCUCAAGCACUACUGGACACAGACUCUUUGUCUGCUAGCCGAGCACGUACGCUAUUGCCGCUGGUUCGACAAGAAAGUUGGCAAGCAGGAGGCGGACACUUACAAACGGCAGUUCAUGAUGAGCCCGCGAAUUCAGAGCCAAGUUGUUACGAUCGACGGCAUGCCGCUGACGACGGCCCACGCGGCGUUGCAAGUGUGCACUCGUCAAGAGAACGGCAAGAUCAAGGCUGGAGCGGCUCCCAAAGGGGCCUUGGAGACGGAUGCAGAGCGUCUGCUGGCGAAGCUCGGGUGUUGGUGCAUCAUCGCAGUGGGCAUCCUGGUAUUGGUCUUCUCGUCCCUUGGCUCGCUGCAGCCCACCGAGUACGGUCUAAAGUACAAUCGGUUCAGCAAGUCCGUGGACAAGAGCGUGGUCUACCGCGGCGGGCGCCAUUUCAUUGGUCCUGUGAACACCUUCUACGCCUUCCCGGCGACGGUCCAGAACCUCGAGUUCUCGGCCAGCGGGACGGCCACCGCGCCGCCCCUGAGCACGCGCACCAGCGCGGGACUGUCCGUGAACGUGAGCGUGGCCUUCCAGUACAAGCUGGACCAAGACGGAGUCGGCGCACUCUACGGAAGGGCGAGCACGAACUACGAGUCCCUCUUCCUGGUCAACUCGCGGGCCGUCCUGCUGCAGGCCGCCGGGAACUACACCAACGAGCAGUACUGGACGGCGCGACAGCAGAUCGGGCACGACAUGCUGGCGCUGGUUAACGACACGCUCAGGCAGACCUGGGCGACUUGCACAGGAUUACAGAUUCUCACGAUAGACCUUCCAGCCGACUACGAGGCCUCGAUCGUGAAGACCCAGGUAACAAACCAGAACAUAUUGACGAGGCAAAAGGAGCAGCAGGCGGCACUGAUCCGAGCGAAGAUCGACGUGAUGGUCGCAGACAAGGAGAGGAACAUCACCGUCACAUUGGCGACCGCCCAGGCCAACGCCACCCUCACCACCAAGAGCGCCGAGGCGCGGGCCGCGCAGAUGAAGAUCGACGCGGAGGACAAGGCGCUGGGGCACGUCAAGGAGACGUUGAACUUGUCCGCAGAGGCCCUGGUCGGCUACCAGAGGGGCUUCGCGUACCAGACCAUCCCGAACGCCACGUUCUUGUUCGGAGUCCAGAACGCGGUCGCCGUGGUGGGCGGCGGCCACCAGGGCGCCGCUGGCCUCGGGCUA